AUGUUCACACUAACAAAUAUCACGCAUCCCACCGCAGAUACGAAGCGACCACUUCUUCUGCUUCAAUCUGAACAUGGAGAUAAGUUUCUAUUUGGACAGAUCUCUGAGGGUACCCAAAGAACAUUUCCUGAGAACAAAACCAGACUCUCUAGGCUUGAGGCAAUUUUUUUAACGGGCACGUUGAGCUGGGCUUCCAUAGGCGGGCUACCAGGCAUGAUUUUGACCCUGUCAGACCAGGGCGUCAAAUCAAUGGCGUUGUUCCACGGCAAGGAGAUUUUAAGCUUUGCAGUUGCCACAUGGAGAUACUUUGUUUUCCGAUUCGGCAUGAAACUGAGUACUAAUAUUCUUGGUGAUGGACAAGUCUACGAAAAUAAAAUUAUGCGGGUUCGGUCCCUUUUAGUUGGCUCUAGCGCAAAUCAAGAUCAGACAGCAAACGAUAUGCUGCCGAAGAAACUGAGUAACGCCCUCAACUCCAUCGUUUCAAAAAUGUUCCCAUCUCAAGAGCCGACCGCGAGGCAUGAUCCUGCAUCAGAUCCUCAAAUGAAUGUUGAGAUUCCGCAGUUCCAGGACAUAUCUGCAGAAAGUACUUCUUACGAAAUAACGUUAAAACCUGUCCGUGGAAAGUUCAAAGUUGAAGAGGCCAUGAGACUCGGCGUUCCAAAGGGCCAAUUGUUUGCUCAGCUAACAAAAGGUCAAAGCGUUACACUGGAAGGAGGUGAAGUCAUUGAACCGCAUCAGGUCCUAGAAAAACAGAGAGACUUUGCCAAAAUCCUGAUUUUAGAUAUACCUUCAGAUUCUUACUUACCGCAGUUUCGCAAGAAGUUCAAAAGCUAUGACAUGUCGACUCUUGGAGCCGUUUACUACUUUCUGGGCGACAGCGUCACCAUCAAUAGGGAACUGAUAAAUUUGAUGGAAGACUUUGAUCGGGAUCACAUCCAGCAUUUCUUGUCUCAUUCCAAAAUAUGUCCAAAUUCCAUCGUUUUCCAAAGCUCUGCAAUAACUACUUUGAAACUAAAGGCGAUUCAACCACAAAACUAUAACUUGCCGUUAUCAACCAGAGUAUUCUCAAAGGAGUUCUAUGAAUGCUUCAGUAAAAGGCUACCUCGAGGAACCUCUGUAACUCAACAAAGCGAGGUGCCGCUGACGUCUACCAUUGAUGAUAAGCGAAUUCACGUCAUGCUUCAAAAUGACAGCAUUGUUAUUGAGCCUUUCACUAAAGGUGAAGAAAAAGUCAAGGUUAAGCGUCAAGAAAAUUACAAGCCUUUACCGCCAUGGUCUAUGCUUUACGAAAGGCACAUCGCACCUUUGAACCUUCCGAAGUCCAGCGAAGAUUCCGUGAUUGGGAGCAGUGGUCAUUCUAACAAUUUCAACAGUGAGACAAAAAAAGGUAAAGUUGAAAUUUUGACUCUCGGGACUGGGAGCUCGCUGCCCUCGAAGUACAGAAAUGUGAUUUCUACGUUGGUCAAAGUUCCCUAUUUUAUCAACGGUAGGUCAUACGACAGGAAUGUACUUCUGGAUGCCGGAGAAAACACAUUGGGAUCAUUGCAAAGAACUGUUCCGUCUGCCGAUUUGCCGGAGCUCUUCCGAAACCUAAAACUUAUCCAUCUCAGCCACUUACAUGCAGACCAUCAUCUCGGUAUCACAAGCUUGCUUUUGGAGUGGUACAAGCACAAUGCAACAAACACGGACUCAACAAUAUACGUUGUCGUACCAUGGCAGUAUCGCAUUUUUCUAAAAGAGUGGCUACCCGUGGAAUGUCAUGAGGUCGAAAAGCGGAUCAAAUUCAUCAGCUGUGAGCACCUGGUGGAAGGUGGUUUUGUUAGAAAAGAACUCAAACCACUUCCCUUCGAAGCGUUUUCAGACAUAACUGGACCAAAUAACAAGAAAAGGCGCCUCGAAUGCGAUGACAGUUCAUCAUUCAGAGACCUUGAAACAAUAACACAAAUGUAUCGAGAACUGAAGAUUCUUUCAUUUCAAACUUGCCGUGCUAAGCAUUGCGAUUGGGCAUACUCAUGUGCGAUAACCUUUUUCACUAGGUCAGACUCUUCCUCGGUGUUUAAAGUAUCUUAUUCGGGUGACACAAGACCGAACCUUGAAAAGUUCGCAAAGACAAUUGGCAGGCACUCUGAUCUGCUUAUUCAUGAAGCAACCUUGGAAAAUGAGCUUCACGAAGACGCGAUAAAAAAGAGGCACUGUACGAUAAACGAGGCUAUUCAAGUUUCCAAUGAAAUGCGCGCGCAGAAGCUCAUCCUAACUCACUUUUCACAACGUUAUCCCAAACUGCCUCAAGUGGAUAACAAUAUCAAGAUCGAAGCCAAAGAAUACUGUUUUGCGUUUGAUGGUAUGAUUGUUGCCUACGAUGAUAUCGGCACACAGGUCUCUCGACUAGGUCUUCUCAAUAGUGUUUUCACCGAGGAUCAAUUCACCGAUGAAGAAGAUGCGUGA